CAAGCAGCUUCACACAUGGAGACGGUGCAACACGAGCCAAAUGCUCCCCCUCGGCGGGAGUUUUGGUACGUCCCGUCUCACACGUCAUCCAUUGUUUACAAAUCAACGGAGCUUGUUGGUGGUUGGCGGCGUGGCGACAGCGAGGAGCGGCGCCUCUCUCAUUCAUCUCCGACGACAACAACAAAACAACCACCGGCGUUCACGAUGCCCUGUCGAAAGGAAAACUACAUUUUCCUGGAGCAGUCCGUCACCGUCGACCCCAAAGAGGUGGACGCGCUGGUUACGAAAAUCGGCGAGGCGCUGCAGCUCCAUAACAAUAGCGGCGGCCACCCGAAGAAGACUGCCUGCAUGCACAGUCUCAACCCCGGCGUGGGGAGCUUGGUCAACCCGGCGGGGGUCCUCGGCGGCGGCGGGGGAGGAGUCGGAGGCGCGACCACCACCGCGGGGGCGCCGGUAACGAAGCGGCAAGGCUGCUGCAUGCGGCUGCGGAACCGCGGCAGCAGCCGGGCGAGCCCCUACCACAUCCCCGGAUCGAGCGACCAGGAGUGGGACCAAAUCAAGCCGUGGAACAAAAAGAGGCUUCACGCCGACGAGGACGACCCGCACCGGCUGCUACAAGAGCUAAUCUUGUCGGGCAACUUGAUUAAAGAGGCCGUGAGGCGGCUGCAGUUCUCCGCGGCGGAUUGUGGAGACUUCUCCAAGGCGGCGGACAACGUGCCGUGCUGACAGGCUUCAAACACUGCCCCCCCGUCCACGGUCCUCCUUUGGACUUUCAAGUUGAACUCAACAAGACCGGUACCUGUGUCUCCCCCCCCCCCCAAUUUCGUUCUAUUUGUUCGGAACCUCGGCUCCGUUGCGUCAGCGGCAAAUUGUUAGCUUGCCAGUUAGCCGCCCGGCUAAUGAGCCGUGUUGUUUAUGUUUGAAAAUCCCCCCCACCGAGCUGCAAGGCUCGGGGGCGUCAGAGAGGCUUCGAACAAACCGGGAUUUUCUCAUUUUUCAUCCACAUUUCCACCUUUACCCAUUAAUGAAAUGACAUUUCACAUGGGGCCUUUUUUUUAAAAUGUAAAAUGGACGCCAUUUUCAAGACUCCCCAGAAAGCGACCCCCGUACACCCGUCAACACGUUUUGUUUUGUCCCAAGUUCUCCCUUAAUCUGUCCUCGUGUUCGGCGGCCGGAGGACAAACCUCUCGCCUCGUCCAAUAUCCAUAACAAAAACAUGAACUUUAUCGUGGAGGACGGUUACGCUAGUUUAGUGUUGUAUGUGUGGCCAUUUUGUUUACACUCGUGGAGAGGAGAGAGGAAGCAAAUGUGUACCAUGCUUUUCUCUCUCGCCCCCCCCCCAAUUCCUUUAACUUCCCUCGGAGCAGCUACUUUCACCACUCAAAACCUCAACUAAGACACAAUUUUGUCUCUUAUUUUCUAAAGCAGUUUUUUUUUAUAUAUAUAUACACAACGCGGAUGCUGUUUGUGGUUAGCGAUUCCGCCUUGCAGUUCAGAGGUACGGGUUUCGAAUUCCGGCUCCAGAUGUCCCCCCCCCCCCCCCCCUCGUGUGUAUUUUUUUUUUUGGUUUGUUUUCUGUGGUUACUCCGACUUCCUUUCACACCCUCCCAAAAACAAACAAACAAAAAAAGUGUUACCUUUAAUUUGAGACUGCUAAAUUGUCUAUAAAUGUGUGCAAUUGGCUGGGGACCUUACAUUGGGAUGAGUACAGAAUUUAUUAUAUAUACAUAUAAAUAUAUAUUUUUUUUUAUUCCCCUUGGCCAAGCAGCAUGACAACAACAAAAAAAAAGUCUGUUGUGGACGGGAGCCUCAAGGUAUCUGAAAGGGGAUCCCGGUGAGCAAAUAUGUGGGAUAGUGGGGGGGGCGCCCAUGAGAAAGUAAGGCCAAUUCCCACAGGGCUUACUUCCUAUUACUUGGUUCUGUUUGGGGGGGGUGGUCAACGGUCACAUGACAACACUUUUGUGGUGCUCUACACCUUUUUGGAAUUCCGUCAGCAAGUUCUGCUGUUAUUUUUUUUUCUUCUUUUUUUUGUAUUUGUGCUCCGUGUCAAGAAAAAUGCACGACUGCUUCGUAACGAAGUAUCUUGAUAAUGUUCCUGAGUAUUCAGGCCCCUUUUUUUUUUGGGUUGUCUUAAUAAUAAACACACUUUGUUUUUCCAAACUUGUUUUUCUCUCUCCUUGACUUCCGGGAACGCCUUGUUGUGACUCAAACUAUAUUGAAAAUGUGUCAGCCUGACACUUUCUCCGCGU